UGGUUUCACAAAAUUGUCAAACUUCAAGGAUUUUGAACUGCAAAUAACAUGACUGCUAACUGAAAGGAAUGCCAAGUACCUGCUGCAGAGCAGUUCAUUUUCAUGUCUGAUAUGUAGCAAACCAUGCAUAGUGUGCUUCCUCAUGAUGAGUAAUACUGAAGAUGGUGUAUGGUUGAAUAGUUAUGUUGAAAGUUGGAUGCCUAGCUUGUGAGCUAUAUAAAUCUUUGUUCUGCACUACUGUAGAGUUGUAAAUAUGCUAAAUAUUCCUUUGUCAUUUAUAGAGUUCUAUUCUAAUCUCUGCAGGCAGGGCCGUCUCCAGAAAUUUGGGGCCCCUGUGCGAGAUGGAAAAUGGGCCCUCAAAUUUGGAGACUUAAUAUAACUAAAGAAACAAUAUAACUGUCUGCAGGGGUUCGAUCAUCUCACAAGUUCAUUUCGCGCAGACACAUCAUCCAUAACAACUUCAUAAUCACCAGUUUUGUCCUUCGAUGCCAGAAGCGAAAGUGGCAGCAAUCAAAGUCAUUCCCGGAACCGUUCAAAGAAUCAAGAUCUCCCCUAGAUGCUAGGACAGACAUGCAAAGCAAAAGAGGAUGAUACAUGAAGCAAAGGGUAUGGACAUGGCUCUUAACUGAAGAAACACUCAAAGAAUACAUUCCUCAAUGGUAUCGUACAUCCUUGCCAGCUCAAGCAACUGAAAGAGUAGAAGACAAAACUAGCUAGGCAUAUGUUUCCCAUUGCAUCCAUGCUUUUGUCACGUCAUCUCGUUCGAACGAUUAUCUGAUCCUCUUCUGUCAGACAACGUGGAUUGGACCAUUUGAUGCUAGAACAGAGAUGCAAAACAAAAGAGGAUGAUACAUGAAGAAAGGGUCUUGGCAUGGUCCUGAACUUCGAUGCUACAACAGAGAUGCAAAGCAAAAGGGAUGAUACAUGAAGUAAAGGGUCUGGGCAUGGUCCUGAACUGAAGAAACACUCAAAGAAUACAUUCCUCAAUGGAAUCAUACCAUCCUUGCCAGCUCAAGUAAAUGAAAGAGUUGAAGGCAAACUAGCUAGGCAUUGGUACAGGACAAAGCAGAUCUAUAGACCAUGUGAUGCCAUUGUUGCUCGAAAAAAAUAGUUGAGCCACACACCCGUGCAUGCAUGAUAACCAAUAAUUCAUUGGCAUGUUCUAGGUUAGGCUCCUAGCUCCUCCCUUUUCUUGGUUAGGCUCCUAGCUAAUCUGAGCCUAGCUAGCUUGCUGGACAUACACCAGCCAGCCGGGCCGCGGCUGCGAUGGCUGAGCUCGCAUCUGGCGCCGUUAGCUCGCUGCUGGGCCUCCUCCGGAGCGAGGCGCUGCUGCUCAGCCGCGUCGGCAGCGACUCGGAGUUCAUCAAGGAGGAGAUGGAGAGCAUGCACAGCUUCCUGGAGCACCUGGCCAGGACAGCACCUCGCGCAGGCGGCGGCGGGCACGACGAGCAGGUGCGCACGUGGAUGAAGCAGGUCCGGGACCUGGCCCAUGAUUGUAGCAACUGCAUCGACCUCUACCUCCGGCGCGGUGACCCGGCGGUCUACCGUGCCAGGGCCGGCCGCUGGCGCUACAUCUGGUGGGCUUCCUGGUUGGUGCAGAGGAUGGUCGCCCAGCACAACGCAGCCAUCCGGCUGCGCGAGCUCAAGGAGCGGGCACGCGACGUUGGAAAGAGGCGGUUGCGGUACGGCGUGGAGAUCCCGCGGAAGGAGGCGUCAGCAUCUUUGCCGUUGUCGUCCCAAGCUGCUGUCACCGAGGACAAGGAGGAAGAGGAGGACGAUGACGACUAUCAGAAUCAAGCGGCCGACGAUUCUGAUUCCCGUCAUAGAGCUCUAGAACCUCGCCUUCUCGAGGAGUAUUGCGACGAGAAGCUAGCCAACUGGUUGGAAACCAACAAGGCUAAAUCCAUAACAUCCAUUGCCAUUGUUGUGCCGGAUGAUACAGAGGACAUCAGUGCCGUCGCACGUGGCUCUUCGAGUUUGGCGACCGCCGACUUCACGUGCAAGGUCUGGGUCAAUCUCUCGGCGCUGCACCUCCCAUGGGAUCUUCCUCUGUUAUCCAGUGAGAUCCUCUCCUACAUUCUGCAUGACUGUGAGCAGCAAGCCACACGGCAAGGCGAGAUGAAGGGGUGGGAGCGAGACCCUAUUCCUCGGGAACAAGUUUACCAUUACAAACAUAACCUCAUGUGCGAAAUAUGGGACAUGAUUUAUGGUGGAGAAAUCUACAAAAAGAUUGAUGAAAUCAAGAAUAAGGUUGGAGAAGUUGAUGCGGGGAAGAUUGAAGGAGUCGACAGAAAGAAGGUUGAAGAAAACAAGUGCCUGGGCAUACUCCUCCGUGCGCUGCGGCUCCGGCUGAGUGAGGCUGACAUGUGUGUGCCACUAUCCUUGGAGGAGGCUAUCGAGGGAACUGCCUCCAAGCUGCAAACUCAUAUGGAAGCAGGCGAGUCUAACCUUAAGAUUCGUCUCCAUGCUACCCAAUAUAAAGAUAUCCUUCACAAGGUGUUCCUCGCAAACAAGCCCCCGCAGCACCAGCAGGUCCAGGAAGCCACCACCAGUGCUACUAUGCUGAUCAGUGAGGAUCACAUCAAACAAAUCAUCCACAACCAGAAGAUUACUCUAGACAUCAUAAUGGGGCUGCUUCCGAAGCCGCAGCAGCUACUAGAAGACACCUCUACCAAGGAACAAGCCACUGAUGUUGCUGCUUCUGUAAUCGAACAACACAAGGAGAACAACUCCAUGGAUAUGUCAGGGGAGGCGUCCAAUGCUGCUGCUGCUUCUGUUAUCACAGAAACCAAAGAGAAAACAAAGGAGGUAUCGGAGGAGGUUACCCGUGCUAUUGCUUCUGCUGUUAUGAAAGGAACCGGGAAAAUGGAGAAAUCAGGGGAGGCGACCAGGGAUAUUGCCGAUGCCCUUGUCAAAGAAACCAAGGAGAAACUGAAGGAGCUAUCAGGGGAGGUGACCAGUGCUAUUGCUGCUGCUGUUAUCAAGGAAACCAAGGAGAAAAUGAAGGAGAUGAAAAUUACCAGUGCUAUUGUUGCUGCUGUUAUCAAAGAAGCAAAAGAGAAAAUGGAGGAAAUAGUGUCAGGAGAGGUUGAAGCGACCAGUGGUUUUGCUGCUGCUGUCAAAGAAACCAAGGACAAGAUGUUUCAGAUCUUGUGGAGGAUGGAAGAUCAGCUGCAUAUCAAAGGGAUAGUAGACAAGAUUAAGCUGCGUCUGGAAAAUAAGAAGACCCUCAUUAUUCUCCAAGAUGACAAAGACUAUGUUUCAGCCAAAUCCGUGUGGGAGGAGACCAGAAAUGCUUUGAAUCUGGUAGGUUGCGCAGAUGGCAGCGCAGUGAUCGUGUGCACAAAGAACAGCCAAAUGGCCAAAGAAUUUUGCCAUCCACCAGAAGUAGAGCCAAUAACUUGUUCUCUAGUUGGACUCUACUAUGAUACUGUACUCGAGCUUACAAAGGCACGGACGAAUAAUGGAAAUGACGGCUACACCCCAAGCAUUCUCCGUGAAAUCUUGGCCAAGUGUCAUCCACAUGAGUUCUGCAUGAAGAUCUUCACGUACGCUCUUUAUGAUAAUCCCAACAGGAGCUAUGAAGAGCUGCGUAAGUUACAUGAAGAUCUGGUUCCCCACAAGACAUUUGGCAGUAAAGCUAAGAAGAUGAUCAAGUUCUCCUACAAGGAUCUGCCUAGAGAACACAAGACUUGCUUGUUAUACCUUGCCAUCUUUCCUCAAGGCCACAACAUCAAGAGGUCAACCUUAAUAGGACGAUGGGUUACAGAGGGGUUGAUAACUAAGCAAGACUGGGCCACUGCAGUGCAUCAUGCCGAGCAAUGUUUUGACACUCUGAUUAAACGGGGGCUUCUUUUUCCUCGUGAAAUUGGUGCUGCAGGAAAGGUCAAGAGCUGCAUGGUAGGUGAUCAAGUUCAUGGGUUCAUCACCAAGGUCGCAAAUAAAGAGCACAUUUUGGAUGCACGCCUGUCAGAUCUUUGGGCUCGCCACUUCUCCAUCUUUAGUGGUCUCCGACUCCGUGCCUCUGAUGGCAUUGAAAACUUUGUACGCAAGCUCCCCAAAUACUCACCACAAUUGCCAUUGCUCAAGGUGCUAGAUCUGGAAGGUACUAAAUGCUUUGAUAAAAGUCACUACCUCAGGAACAUUUGCAACAAGAUAUUACUUCUCAAGUAUCUGAGCCUAAGAGGAACAAAUGUCAGAUAUCUUCCCAGUGAAAUAAACAACCUCCAUGAGCUAGAGGUAUUGGAUAUCCGGGAAACUAUGGUGCAUGAGCAUGCAACAAGGGAUGUCCUGCUCCUGAAGCUAAGGCGCUUCUUGGCUAACCGUGUUGAUCCAAGUUCAAUACUCAAUGAUAAGUCACCACGCUUUCCUGUCCAGAUUCCAUUCAAGAUUGAGAAAAUGGAAAAUUUGGAGGUACUGUCAAGUGUCAAGGCUUCAGGGGAUGGCCGUGAGUUGAAAGAGAUAAAAAAUCUAUGGCAAUUAAGGAAGCUCAGUGUGGUUAUCAAAGACAGGCAUACUCACCUCACGAGGUUGCUUCAAGCGAUCAGUGACCUAAACGAUUGCCUUCGGUCUCUUUCUGUCACUAUAUCUUCCAACACCAGAACUAAGAGCAUUCUCUCCAGCAAAGAGCAGCAUCCAAUAGAUAUGCACCGUUGGUUAAGACAAACUCCCAAGAAUCUUGAGAGCCUAAGCAUCAACGGAGUCACACAAAUGGGGAAGCUUCUUGAACCUCUGGCCAAAGGUAGCGAUGAGCUUGCCAAGGUAACUCUGACUGGCACCUUGUUGAAACAGGAUGAUCUGAUGGUCCUUGCUGUGCUUCCCAAAUUACACUCUGUCAGACUCCGAGCUAAUGCAUACAAUGAGAUCAAGCUCACCUUCAAGAAGGAAGAAUUCCCACAACUCAAAUACUUUGUUGUCGAGGGCCCCAACAUGACUGAGACUGACAUCAAGUUUGAUGAUGGAGCAACCGUUGAGCUUGAGAGGAUCGUCUUGUCCUUGACCAACAUAAGGUUUCUUAAUGGGAUCGACAACCUUCCAAAAUUGAAGGAGCUUGAGUUAGAAGGCAACCAAUUCUUACUUUCAUUUUCUGAAGGUGAAGCAUCCACUGAGCAAAGCAUCGAGAGAAACUCUCUUGAGAGAACCACUGAAAGUAGGGAACCCGAACAAAACAUUAAUAGUGGGUCUGCUGAGCAAAACAAAAAUGACAGAGCCACCGAGGGAAACACUCAGAGUAGAGCCCCUGAACAAAACAGGGAGAGUAGAGCUCCAGAGCAAAACACUGAGAUGAGAGCUGGAAUCACUCAGAGUGGAGAUCCUGAGCAAAGCAAUGAUCGCGAAGCUCCCGAGCAAGACAGUCAGAGUAUAGCUCCUAAGGAAAUCACUGAGAUUAAUACCGAGCAAAAAACCGAGAGUAGAGCUCCUGAUCAGAGCACUCAGAGGAUACCUACUGAAGGAAUAACUAAGAGUGGAGACCCUGAGCAAAGCAAUGAGCGCAACGCUCCCGAGCAAGAAAGUCAGAGUACAGCUCCUAAGAAAAACACAGAGAUUGGAACUGAGCAAAACAGCGAGAGUAGAGCUCUUGAUCAGAACACUGAGAGGAGAGCCGCUGAGGAAAUCGCUCAGAGUGGAGAGCUUGAGCAAACCAAUGAGUACAAAGCUCCCGAGAAAGAUAGUCAAAGUACAACUCCUAAGCAAAACACUGAGAAAAGAACCGACCAAAACAGCGAGAGUAGAGCUCUUGAUCAGAACAUUGAGAGCAGAGCUACCGAGGGAAUCGCUCAGAGUGGAGACCCUGACCAAACCAAUGAGCACAAAGCUCCCGAGCAAGAUAGCCAAAGUACAACUCCUAAGCAAAACACUGAGAUAAGAACCGACCAAAACAGCGAGAGUAGAGCUCUUGAUCAGAACACUGAGAGCAGAGCUACCGAGGGAAUCGCUCAUAGUAGAGACCCUGAGCAGAGCAACGAGCACAAUGUUCACGAGCAAGACAGUAAGAGUGUAUCUCCUAAGGAAAACACUGAGAUUAGAGCCGAGAAAAACAUUGAGAGUGGACUUCUUGAUGAAAACACUGAGAGCAAAGUGGUUGAGGGAAACACUCGAAUUACAUCCUCUAAGCAAAACCUGAAGAGCGGAGUUCCCGAGAAAAACAAUCAGAGCUCUGAUCUUGAGCAUAAUGCCGUGGAAAGAGCUGAGAAAAACUUCGAGAGUACAUUCAUCUUCAAGAAGGAAAAGUUCCAACAUCUCAAGUAUUUUCGCGUUGAGGACUCCAGAAUGAUCAACAUCAUCUUUGAAAGUGGAGCAGCUCCUGAGCUCAAGAAGAUUGCCUUGUCCUUGACCAACAAAAGGUCCAAGCUCAGUGGUGUUUGCGGCCUCCCAAAAUUAAAGGAGAUCGAGUUGAAGGGUGACAAGUUCCUUCUUUCAUUAUUUAACAAAGUUGAUCAAAUUGCCAAGAUAACUCUUCGUGAUACUCAACUGAAGCAGGAAGAUAUGCAAAUCCUUGCCAGGAAAAAAAAUCUGCAUUGCUUAGAGCUCUCAGACAAUUCUUAUGACAAAGGCCAUCUGGCCUUCAAGGAAGAUGAGUUCCCAACACUUGACCUUCUCAUUGUUGAGUGCCCUACCAUCAGCAGCAUCAGCUUCACCAAGGAUUCUGCUCCUAAGAUCGAAAGGAUUGUUUGGUCCUUCAACGAGAUGAAGUCUCUCUCUGGCAUUGACAACCUUCCGAGAUUGAAGGAGAUUGAGUGCAUUGGUGACCAUAUCCCUCAUCAGGUGAGAAAAGACAUUGCAGCACAUAAAGCGCAACCUAAUCUUACACACAAGAAGCGACCAGCAAAGGAAACAAGCACAAUAGAAGAGGACGAUGAUACAAGGUUUUCACCGAUCUCCCGCUUCUUGAAGAUCAAGAAUCGGCGCUAGCUGGCUGAGGAAAGAUUUGCGAGGAUUUCACUCUCCAUCUUCCACAGCUCCAUCAAUUCAUCACUACUUCCCAGAACUGCUGGCCUGUUUGUCAUGUUAUCCAUAUGCGUACCUGUCACGGUAUCUCCUUUAAUCUCUAGUGCUUGUGUGCAUGUUCGUUUUUUAAUUUCCAGCAAAGUUGUGUGCAUGCUUGUGUAUGUUCGUAUGUGUUUUCCUUUGGUUCAUUCCACGCGGAUGAAUAUUAUUGUUAGGAUGAACAACAACUAUGUCACAUAAUUGUUGUCAAAUAUUGUCAUUCUGUGACGAUUCAAGCGAUUUCGUCAUUGUGUACUUGUAAGGGUUGAUGUAAGUAUGCUAUCCAUAUGCGUACCUGACAAGAAUAAUAUAUCAUGAAUUGUAUAUUUACCUAUA